GAAUGUAAGAAAACCCGUUCUCACCGUUUUGUCUCGCAUUUGGACGCAGAAGCAGGCUUGCCUGGGUAGCCUACUGUAGCCUGUUUGACAGAACUUGCUGAACAGCUGGCUGGUUACAGCUCAUCAGCUGUUAAAUUUCAAGAGUUUCAAGAGUGGACAAACAGUUAUAUAAAAGCUUAUUAACUGUUAUAAUUGCAAGCAGUACUGAAAUUAGUCGCUGACUAUUUCAAAUUAUGGAAGAAGGUAAGUAGCCUUUUUUGGUAGCACGUGUUUUGUUCCUGGAUGUCGACGAUUUGAUCCUUUUUCGGUUUUGCAUUGAGCACGAUGAAGAAAGGUCUGACUUAAACGAUAUGUAUCCAACUUCAUCGGUCUGACGCAUUCAUGGUUCGUCCGGCCUCGGUAGGCUAAUGCCUGAUUUGUUGCAUAGCAUGUCUGUGCUGAACUGUACAGUAUGAUGACAUGUUACUGUCGUGAUGAGGCAUCACCUCACAUUUAUAGACUACGUCAGUAUUCGCUCAUGUCUUCAUAAAGAUAUUAUUUUGCGAUAAAGGCACAAAGUUAGCAAUAAGGUAAUUCGUCAAGUUAAAAUGUCUAUCAUCAAAAUGCUUUGGCAGAAAUAACUAGGCUGGCUACAACGUCUUAGGCAUCGGUUUGCUCGGUUCCCCUGUUCCCUGUUGUACACGAAGACCACGUAUAUGCACAGGCUUUUGUUUAAUCGUGUAUUUUUUGAUAUUUUUAUGUCAUCACAUAAAUAUCUGGGUUUUUUCAUCGAUGAUACUGUCUGCUAGUAUACACAUUUAAAUUAUUGUCAAGUAAAACUGGUCUGUUAUUUUAAGAAUAGGCAUUGUUUUUCUUUUGAAGAAAAAAGUAUGGUCCAAGACACUUUUCUGUUUGGUAUUGACAAAAGGGAAUCCACUUUAUACGCAUGCUGCAUCCACUGCCCUGCAUUAUACGGUAUCACCCAAUGCUACCCGUUAUAUCCCCCCUCACAGGUUUAUUACAAUUUCAAAGUCACUCACAAACCAUUCCACCUUGUAAAAACAUGUAGGCUGGUCCGCUUUAGGCACUUGUAGACCACACCAUUGCUACAUUUUAAUAUAGGCUGAAACCAUUUUAGGUAUGUGGCCCACAGGAGGGGCUAGGCACCCCCGGGUAACCAGGUUUCAAGAGUAGCAGACUUUGCCACUCCCAGUUAUAAAGGGUGGGAGACCCUGGUGGCACCAACUGUGACAUACAGUAAGACCCGGCUAGGUGUGUGUGCACUGAACGAACAAGGCAGAGGCUGAGGUACACAAAGGAAUAACAGUUUUAUUUUCACAAUACUGGAUAAAAAAACAUUCACGGACAUGGAUUUGUAGAUAAAUCACUGGUCAUCAUUUUUAUCAGAAUACUAACUGGCUAAUCGAGUCUAUGCAUACACCAUGAAGAAGAAAUUUGACAGCAUGAAUAGAAAGCUAAAUUGCAACUUGUCCAUCAGAAGUCAUUGGCACGUAGCACCAAUCUGAUUCAGAAUAUCUACCAUAUAUGCACGCAUAUACUUCAAAGCACACAAGAUGAUAGUAAGAGGAGUUCCAUAAAUUACACACUUGCCAGCUAGGGCCUAAUCAUACAGUUUUACAGUCAAAUUGUCUAUAGUGCCAUCCCAUCACUCCACAGCAACACAGUGAUAAGUCUAGUGGUAGUUACACACACAGAGUUAAAGUGCUUGGUGCAAGUAGAUACUUCCGAUCAGUCUAAAAGUUCUUUGUGCAAAUGAAUAGGCUACUUAGAGGCAGCUCUCACUCAGGACAACAUCACAAUUGGGGACCACAGACUCUCUAGAGCAUGCAUAUAUUACUGAGGAGUUAGUACAAGUAUAAGCUAUGGAGGAACUAACUAAUUAUAUUAAAAAGUAUAACCAGGAUGUCAACCAUAAGAAUGACACCAUGACCAAGUAUUUAGAAGGCAACCAUUUACGUAUUAGUCAGCAUGCAUUUAUGGAACAUGUGGACACAGAAUCUGAAGGAAUAGGAUGCGGAAGAAUGAAGCAAUGGGCCUGCAAUGUGCAUAUUAUAAAGACAGUAUUGAACAUUUGAAAUUACCUAGCCAAGUGCCCUUAUUAAUCAGUACGCCUGUACGGCUGGCUGCUGGAACACGUUGAAACACAGAAUCCCUAGUUUCUACUGACUGGUUUAUGGAGAUAUAUAGUUUUAAGUGUGUCCCCCUUCGCCUUAUAAUUUGUUCUCUCCCUCUCCACCUUCGCUAAUGUGUGGUGAGCUUUCUGGCACAAAAUGGCUGCCUUGAAUCACCCAGGUGGGUGCUACGCAUUGGUGGUGGGUGAGUAGGGCUUUCAAGGAGUGAGAUGAUGAAGUUCUGGCAAGAGCAUUCGCAUGACGCCUCGGUAGAAGAGAUGAUGCUGGACUCCAGUGCACUACUACUGACUCAGCAUGAGCUUCCUGAGAUAAUGGGCCUGCUGCCAAAUCUGCAGGGCACCCGUUUGCUGGAGCUGGGGGCUGGCAUUGGGCGGUUCACUCAUCACUUUGCCCAGUAUGCUGACCACGUAACAGCUGUGGACUUCAUGGAGAAAUUUGUGGAAAAAAACAAGCAGGACAACAGUCACCAUAGAAAUGUAGACUUCAUCCAUUCAGAUGUCACCCAGUUGAAUUUCUCCAAGAACAGCUUUGGCUUUAUCUUUUCAAACUGGCUGAUGAUGUACCUGAGCAAUGAGGAGCUGGUUUCCCUUGUAAAGAACAUGCUGCUUUGGCUUCAGCCAGGGGGUUACCUCUUCUUCCGGGAGUCCUGCUUUUACCAAGCAGGAGACGGCAAGAGAGAUUUUGAUCCUACUCAUUUCCGCUCACCAGCUGAAUACAACCAUCUCAUGACAUCUGCCCUGCAGAAGGAGAUGGGAGAAGGAGGGGAGCAAGCUUUCGGUUUUGAAGUAGUCAUGAGUAAAUCAGUGCAGACCUACAUCAAGAUGAAGAAUAAUCCAAACCAGGUGUGUUGGCUGAUGCAGAAGGUCCCACGCAGUGAGUGCCACAAGGGCUUUAACACAUUCCAAGAUUUCCUGGACAACCAACAGUACUCCCGGCGAGGUAUCCUCAGAUAUGAGAAGAUCUUUGGAAAUGGAUAUGUCAGCACAGGAGGACCUAGCACCACCAAGGAGUUUGUAGACCUUCUGAAUUUGUCUCCUGGACAAAUCGUUUUGGAUGUGGGCUGUGGAAUCGGGGGUGGAGACUUCUACAUGGCAAGGACAUUUGGUGUGAAAGUACUUGGCAUGGAUUUGUCUUCAAAUAUGGUGGAGAUUGCAACUGAGAGAGCCAUGAAGGAGAACCUACCUUCAGUUCAGUUUGAAGUGGGAGAUGCCACCAGGAGGGUCUUCAAAGAAGGGUCUUUUGAUGUGAUAUACAGUAGGGACACUAUACUACACAUUGCUGACAAGCUUAAGCUCUUCAAAAGCUUCUAUUCAUGGCUGAAGCCUGGUGGGAAAGUGCUGAUCAGUGACUACUGCUGUGGGGAGAUGCCAUGGUCACCAGAAUUCCAAGAAUAUGUCAAACAAAGGGGGUACAUCCUGUUCACCCCACCACAAUAUGGGAAGUUCCUGGAACAAGCUGGGUUCUCUCGUGUCCGCGCAGAGGACAGGACCUCACAGUUUAUACAGGUGGUCCGGAUAGAACUGGAGAAGGCAGAGGCGAUACGAGAGGAGUACAUAAAGGAAUUUUCUGAAGAAGACUACAAUGCUAUAGUGACUGGCUGGAACGAGAACCUGCAGCGCUGCACGACAGGAGAUCAGCGCUGGGGGCUGUUCUAUGCUGACCGAGACUAAGGACUCACUCCAUUCGUACAUGAACAUAAAAGAAACACUGUUUGAUAAUUCUGCAGGAUCAGUAAAGCUGGCCGUAUACUCAGUAAGAAGAAAGAACUUCAGGAUUGAGAACCACCAGUGAACACGUCCACGAACACCAUUGUCGGUAUACUCAGUGAGAACACCACACUGUUUAAUGUCACUCUACGCCACUGUGGGGGUGCAGAAUAAUUACGAGGCAGCUAUUAACCGGGGCUGGAAUCUCGCCCAGACCUCCGUCUCGCGGCUACGCCAUGGAUGUAUAAAAAGAAUGGCUAUGUGAGAUCACAACACAAAACAAAAAGUUUAAAGUGGCUUUAGUUUAUAUAGCUACGCAAAAGAAGAAAACAAGCGUGAAUCCGCAAUAGCUGCGACCGCAGACACGCACACACCCUCACACAAACACAUGACCGCUUCUUUGACUCAUGACCAAACCUUCCACAAAAUCUUGUGAAAAUCUGUGAAUCCAUUCGGGAGUUAUGCGCCUUUUUGUGAUAGGCCACGCCCAUUGCCACGCCCCCUCUUGGUCAAUCGGCCUUGAAAGUUACUCAGCUCUGCCAUGCCAAAUUUCAGCCUCCUGGGGCGAAAACUGUGGCCACUACGGGGUGGGACACUUUUUUUAGGACUAACCGACCAACCAACCACCCAACCAACCGACCGGCCGACAGAGCUAUUGCUGCGGUCGCAGUUAAAAAAAGAAGAAGAUGGUACGUUCGCCCUCUAAAUCAGAGUAGGAUGGAGAAUGGAGAGUUUUGUCUGUACAUUCGGCAAAUGCGGAGUUUAGACGAGGGGGUCCACUUCUCUUAUUUCCGAAUGAGUGCUAGACAUUUUGAUGACUUGCUAAAACGAGUAGCACCAUUCAUCAAACAUGCGGGAACUCACAGAAAUCCCAUCUCUACAGAAGAGAGAUUGGCAUUGACUCUCCGUACAUUAGCAUGUGAAGUCUGCCCUCUGAACUCUCAACUGUGACAUAACCAACCAUGUCAUAUUUGGACCAAUAGCUGAGAGGCGGAGGUUGGAGAACAAGAAAGACAUUUUCUAAAAGUUCUCCCUGGCGGCCGUCGCACACUGCACCGUGAGAACACACAACACCAUGUCUUUUUGUUCUUCAGUUGUUCUCAUUGCGCCUUUUUGCUCAAAAAGUUCUACUUCUUACUAAGUAUACCGCCUACUUAACCUGAACUGGAUUUCUCAAAUGAAAGCUAAAAUCGAUGUCUUAAAACAGUGGUUCCCAACCUGGGAGGCCCGACCAGGGGGGCGCCGACGUUUCACAGGGGGACGCGAGGCCCUCUUGAUUUUAACAGUAAAAAAAAUGGAAUCUGUGGUGGGGAAAACAUGUAAAAAAUAUAAUGAAGUCAAAGCAAAGUUAAAGGUAGACUCUAGGAGGUGACAUAAUGAGCGGGGCAAAGCCAGAGAUAGUUUAAAAACUGAUGAGAGACUGCACUGACAGGAAACCCUGUCAUGAGCACAGCAUGUUACAUUUAGAAAUUUGCAUUGCAUGCUGUAUCUUUUUUCAUUCUGUGCAAGAUAAAUUGCUUCCUGGGCAAUAAGUUUAAUUUCAUUCAUUCAGCUAGUUAUCAUUGAUAAUUUAAUAAAUUAAACCACCUUACUAGGUAGCUAGGCUAGUUCAAAAUAGAAAUGAAAAUAGUCUUAGCUAGCCGGCUAGAUGUAGAAGAUUUUUGCUAAAAUGCUAAAAUCAUAUGGACGUAAAGCUUACCAGAAAAUAGUUGCUUACCUUCAGCUAAUGACAUUGUGCUGAUAUACCCCUGAAUAAAAUCUGUUUUCUUCCACAAGAUGUAUACAAAUAUACAUAAAACUAGCCUUAUUUUAUUAUUUUGUUUUGAUUAAACAAAAGCUAAAUCUA